UGGAAAUGAGAAACUUCAAUUCAAUUGAAAUGAAAUCAAAUGAAUUGGAUUACAACAAAACAACAAACGAACAAACAACUAACUUUAACUUAUAAGUUACAAGCUCAAGUUCAAGUUACUUUUUACAACAAGCAUAAACAAAAGUCUACUGAUAGUGCUAGAACUAGAAGUGCUUCUGAUUUAAAAAAAAAACUUGUCCAUAAGGCUUAAGUUAUUUUGUAAUACUUUCAUUCAGACUUUGAUUUGACUAGAAAAAAAUUUAAUUGAAAUGAGAGUGACGAACACUUACUCUAGAAAGAACUCUAGAAAGAAGCGCAGAAAUCGAGGGGGAAAUUCUCCAAAUAAUGUCAACAUAAAUUUGAUUUUCCUGUCAGUCAACAUUACAAACAACUCUUCCCAAGAAAACAAUGCCAAACCAGAAACAAGUCAAUCACAAUCAGGAGACUUGUUCGACAAGUUGGUUAAAGGCCCCAUCUAUAAUGUGAACAACAAGUCUAACAGUCGUUUCAGUGUGUCGGAUUACAACAAACCGUUCUUUAACCGUCGGCAAGAAACAAUAACCCAUUACAAGAGUGACGAUGCCUUAUCCAUAUCUACAGAUGUCUCAAAUCAUCUAUUCAAGGACUCCAAAGACUCUCAAAACAUCUCACCAAUGUGGAUGACAAGCCCACCUCCAUAUUGUAAGAUAAAGAAUAAACUAGUAAAAAUAGAGAAGGAUCCCAAAUUGACUGUGAGUAAGAAAAGUUACAAUCGUGUCAUGAAAAAACGUCCUCUAUUGAGAAAAAAUAAACCUUUUACCAAAUUGAAUUCAGAUGACUCAAUAAAGUCAAGUUGUACUUCUAGCACCCCGACGAGGACAGAUGUGGCGUUUGACAGAGAUAUUUGGGUAGCCUCACAUGUUUCUCCCAUUUUACCUACUCAAGGACUACAACCUAGUAUCUUCACAAGUAGAGCUAUAUGUUACAAAAACAUGGUAUCGAUUGAAGAGAUAAAAAAAGAAGAAAAGCCAAAUCCUAUGCUUGGUUUCUCUGCAUUGUUAGAGGGGUUUGGAAACUUGGGAAUCCAAAGUCCUCAUCACAAAAAACUUGCAGUUUUACAAGCUGAUAAAAAGUCCAACCAAGAACUGUUUGAUUAUGAAAGCCCAUUACGUCUUCCUGCAAAUUGCCAAAGUAGAGAAACAAAUCCAGAAAGUAUAACAUCAAAUGUAGAAUUGUUACCAGUAGAUGUUGGGAGGAACUCAAAUGUUUGUAAAUCAUUGCAGUCAAGUGAAGAUAAUUCAAAUGAUUCAAGUAUUUCCACAACUUGCCAGAAGAAGUGUAAUGAGGAAAAUUCAAAAGAGUUUGCAUCUGAUCUGUCAUCGAGUCCAUUUUUAGGUUUCGACAACAACAGUAACGAGUCUCAAACCUCGGCUGUUUCAUCUCCUCAAAGUGAAGCUGUAACAAACCCAGACCAUUCAUCAUCUAAUGAACAAAGGUUAUCUUCAAACAAAAUAUUGCCUUCAAUCUUCAUAGAGGAAUUAAAAAGUGAUCAUGAGGAACAGACAGACUCAAAAAAUACAAUUUCAAGCAGCAGUAAGGUAUCUUCCGCCAGUCGUAGUGAAGAGUCUAAUUCUAUUAGUUUGGCAGAAAGCUUGGAAAAAUCUGGUAAUAGUGAUGUAGUAAACAGUUCAUCAACAAUUCCUGAACAUAUAUCUGAACAGCAACAAUAUCUAGAGAGCAAAGAUGAUCUUACUGAGAUUGAAGAGAACGAAGUUGAAAAUGAAAGUGUUUCGAAUGAAUCCUUUGAAGAAAAACAGGCUUUUGAAUCAAAACCUCUAAGUGAUAUCACAAAUUCUUUAUCUCUCAAAGCUGACUGUGCAAACGGAAGAGAAACUUUGAAAAAAAAAUCGGUUCCAUUUAGCACAGAAAGCAAGAGAACGUCACAUUAUAGUUUAAGAGGCAGACUGAGCAGUUAUCCUCCCAACACUGAAUUGAAUGAAACUUUUGCUAAAUUAAGUUUAGAAGCUGGAAAAAGAUGGCGGAGAUCUUUACUUCGUCAGAGACAAGAGCCAAGGUUAAAUAAAAGAGAGUCUCUCACAUCAGAGACCAUAUUCAGGCUUAUCAGGGAAUCUAGUUUUGCAAGUGGUUUGAACAUAACAAAGAUGUCAUACAACAACACCACCAGAAUCCUCGAUAGUUUUCUGGAGGAACAAGAAACAAAAGACUGUGGACCAGUCUCAAAAGGAAGCCCUGGAUUGAACCUUACGCACAGUAGACUUAGUAAUGUGUAUAUGAACAGAAGAAGAAAUUAUGUCUUUGAUAUGAAUGAUAUACCAGAAGAAAUUGCUGAACAUUCCAACGAUAGUGUUGAACAUCUUCAGAAUUUAAAUGUAACACAAAACCACCAAGACACUGUGGCAGAAGAGGAUGAAAAUUGUGAAACAAGCGUAAACCAAACUAAUGUAUUUGAAACUCCUCCAAUCCUUCGGUUGAAUCCUGAGGCUCUUUCUACAAUAACGAAUAGAAAACGAAGUCGAAGAAAUCUACAAAAAUCAUUGGAAAGGAGUAUUCUUUGGGAUGAAGAGGAAGAAAAAGAGCCGGUAGAUGAGGAAGAUAACUUUUACAUGUCUUGCUUAAGCGUAUUGGAUUUAGAAGAUGAAAUUGAAAACCUGAAGAACCAAGAUGCAGCAGCUAUAGGGAAAGUCGGGUUUCUGCUCCAGUGUGGACAGCAAGCUCCGAUUACGUUUUCUGAAGCUUUCCCGGAUGAGGUCUUAAGUUCUGGACGGAAGAUUGGAGAAGGAGUGUUUGGAGAGGUUUUCAUGCUGGAAAGACCAGGUGAAGGGAGAUCUGUUAUCAAAAUAAUACCAAUUGAAGGUGCCCAAAUGGUCAACGGCUCGGUGCAGAAACGCUAUGAUGAGGUUCUCUCUGAACUUAUUAUAACUGAAGAACUGAGCAUGCUACGCAAUAACAGUGAUAAUUGCACGGGAGGAUUUUGUGAGUUGAAAGGCAAAUUUUACCUCCAAGGACAGUAUUCCCCCUUACUACUGAAGCUGUGGCAUGAAUUUGAUAAGGAGAAGCGAUCGGAGAAUGAAUGUCCCGAUAUGUUUGGGCCAGAACAGCUGUACCUGGCACUAGAGUUGGCUCAUGCUGGGGAGCCUGUCGAGUCUUUCAGCUUUAAGAACCUUCAGCAAGCUUUGAUAGUGUUCCUUCAGACUACCUUCUCACUAGCUGUUGCCGAGACUGCAGCUGAUUUUGAGCAUCGGGACUUGCACAUUGGCAAUGUGUUGGUGCAGCCAACAUCGGAAAAAUAUGUCUCUUAUGUGCUGAAUGGGCAAAGAUUCGAGUGUCCCACUUUUGAAACUAUGGUGACAAUCAUCGACUACACACUAUCCAGGAUCUCAUUUAGAGAAGACGUUCUGUACUUGGACCUGGAGCAAGACCCGGAACUGUUCACUGCUACAGGCGAUUAUCAGUUUGAAAUCUACCGAGAGAUGAGGGCUGAUCUCAAACAGAACUGGAGGUCUCAUAAGCCGAAAACAAACAUCAGGUGGUUACAUUAUCUCAUAGACAAAUUUACAAGCAGAAUCAAAUACAAACAGAAGAAAAACACUAAAGUCUUCAGAGAUUGUAUGGACAAGAUGUUGAGACUGAGAGAAAUGGUACUCGACUUUGAGAGCGCAACUGACUUGGCCUUUCAUCUAAUCUACUUCCAUUGCCAAACAUCGUCGCUGAUCAGGACUGAAUAGUCUGCCAACUGUUCGACUACCUUCUCACUAGCUGUUGCCGAGACUGCAGCUGAUUUUGAGCAUCGGGACUUGCACAUUGGCAAUGUGUUGGUGCAGCCAACAUCGGAAAAAUAUGUCUCUUAUGUGCUGAAUGGGCAAAGAUUCGAGUGUGAAUCCUUUUGGAUGCUCUUAUCAUAGUGAGUUUGUCCUGGUCAAAGAAACAACAAAAUUCACAAAU